AUGUCGUCUUCAGACAGGAAAGUGGCCGUGAAGGGGACCAGGGGGAUCGAGGGCUGGCGGGGAGAAGCAGACACCCUCCCGGCAGAGGGGCAGGAUGGGGGCAGGAGAGUUAGCAGAGGUGACAUCUUCUCGGGGGGAGCCGAGACUGCGCAAGGCUGGGGGGCUGUGAGCUCAUCCCAGGCAGAAAGAGCAAGAAGGCAGGGACGGAGCGCAGGGGUGGCCAGCGUAGGGUCCAGCACGUGGGGUGGUACCCCAGGCCUGGGUCAGACAGGGACAAGGCAGGGGACACAGGACAGAGGGGUCCCCAGCUGCCACCUCACCCACCGCAAUUCAUUUAGUAGCAGGCACAGGGUCAGCUCUGGCAGGGCUUUCUCAGGCCUAUGCCGGAGCCUCGAGGGCUGGAGAGCGGGAAGACAGGCAGUGCUCGGGGAGUUGCAGCAGGACGUCACCAGGAGGGCGAAGCGGCCACGGGAGGGGGCCCCCGGGACAUUACGCAGCAAGGAGGCUGCAGGGGCUCUGCCCGCGGGCGCCGUUCCCACGAGGCACUGCGGCCCAGGGUCUGGUGCGGAGAGGGUCCACAGUGGACUUGGUGACACUGUAUGCCCUCACCGCUCAGCCCCUGGGGCUGGCUUGGCAGACAGUACAGCAUCCAGGGGAGUCAAGGGCAUGGGGCGAGACCAGACUAGGCGAGGCGGGCGGGGCGGAGUGAAUCAGCUCUCAGGAGGGAGGCUGGCGCAGGCAGGGGUGAGGAGCACAGCAGGUGGUGAGCGGGGGGCACUGGCCUCCAGAGCCCGUGGCCAAGGCGGGCCUCACGGGCGGCGACGGAGCCGGGAUCGGUGCCUCAGCGUUCGGGCUGGAGACGAGGCCAGGUCUCCAGUCGGGGUGGACGUGCCCACCAGCUGCGGAAGGCCAGGACGCCAGGUCCGGCGGACUUGCCGAGUGGGACAUGACAUGGUCCGGUGUGACGGCGAGGACUGAAGGGGCGUAUCCGGCCUUCCUGAACACCCCAGGCUGGUGGGGCUGCGGCAAGGAGCGGGUCUGUUCCUUUACUUCUCCCACGGAGUCGGCACACUACAGCUGCCCUCUGGGCUCCCAGAACCCACAACAUGAAAGAAUGGUGCUACCCAGCUCAAGCCUGGGCCUUUGAAUCCGGACACAAAACCCUCUAGUUGGAAUCGAACACGCUGCACUUUACAACCACUGCACAACUGACUCAGGAAUCGGCUCUGGAAGGUGAAGCUAGAGGAACAAGACCUCAUCAACCCAACACCAAAGACGCCAUCGGACCAGCAGCGCCCGCAGCACCCACCCCCCACCAGCGACUCCAUCUUCAUGGCCACCCCCUGCGGCGGACGGUUGACCACCAGCCAUCGCGUCAUCCCAGAGCUGAGCUCCUCCAGCGGGAUGACCCCGUCCCCACCACCUCCCUCUUCUUCUUCUUCUUCAUCCUUCUGUCUCUUUGUUUCUGAGCUUUCCUGUCUUUCCUUUCUCUGAGAGAUUCAAAGCCUCCCCAACUCCGUUUCCCCCGUCCCUUCUGAAUUUAAUUUGCACUAAGUCAUUUGCACUGGUUGGAGUUGUGGAGACGGCCUUGAGUCUCGGUGCGAGUGUGCGUGAGUGUGAGCCACCUUGGCAAGUGCCCGCCCAGGGCCCGGCCGCCCUUCAUCUGGGCUGGGUGACUGGGCGCUGGCUGUGUGCCCGAGGCCUCACCCUGCCCUCGCCUAGUCUGGAAGCUCUGGCAUCACGGGGCAACCUUCAAGCAUUCCAUGACGCCCCAUCUCGCCCUGUGCCCCUCCCCACCAGGGCUUCAGCAGGAGCCCUGGACUCAUUAUCAAUAAACACUGUUACAGCAA